AUUAAAAUAACCAUGGCUCUUGGAUCUUCGAGUUUAUAUGCAUUAUCCCUCUUAAUAUUUAUGUUAGAUACUUAAACUUUUGGAACGAUUUCAAAUCUACUUUCAUUCUUUCCUCAUGAAGUUUUGUCUAAAACUUAAAUAUGGAGAUUAUUUCCAUCAUUCCUAUUUAAUAGUAAAAUCUAUCAUAUAGAAAGACUCAUUUUAGGGUUUCCUUAUUAGUUUUAUAUUCACAUAAAAUUUAUUAGCUGAAAGAGAGAGAGCAUAAGGAACUGUCCUAUUUUAUAUAGAAUUAAUUAUUAAGACAUUCAUUAUUAAUGUAAUCAAUUUUAUUCUCUAAUUAAAUUAGUCAAUUAUCACUCUAUUUUAUUACUUAGAAAUUAACACAUAUCUUAUAUGCUAUAUUUAACCUUCAAAUGGUUUAUGGAAUAUGUUUUUUUAUCUUAGCACUAUUAAGUAUAUUUCUUCUAUUAUUUAGAUGCUUUAUGUAGCCAUAUUAAGAAACUAAAUUAUUAUUUUUUGACUUCAACAUCAGUAACAAAUUCAUUCUCUUUAGUAUGAACUUUAUUUUUUUUAUAUUUUUUGAUCGUGUUGGAUCAAUUGUUUCGACAGCUCUAGGAUUUUUAGAUGCUUUUAUAACAGCUGGAUCUCCUUGCAGAUUUGUAAGAUUUUAGAAUAUUCAUUAGAACUUUAUUUCUAAAAUUGAGGAAAUUCUUUGUAGAAGCAUAAUUAAUAGUUCUAUUUUUAUAAGAAACUGUUAAGCAAAGGAAGCUUAACAUUAAAUUUAAAUUCUUAAGCUUGAUUGGGAUACAUUAAAUUAUAAUUUUAGUAAUAAAUAGUAGUAAUAAAAUGUGAAUAAUGGAAUAGAAUUACCAUAAUAAUAAUAAUAAUAAUAAUAAUAAUAAUAAUAAUAGCCAUAAUAAUAAUAUUAAAUUACAAAUGUCGAAAAGAUGUUAGCUUAUUCUUCAUAAUAAAAAUAGCAAGAAGAACCUUGA